UCCCGGGUACAUUAUUAUGUCUAAAAAAUAAAUAAAUAUUCACGAUUCCCUAAUUUCAAUUCGAAAUACUAUUUACCCCCUCGGAAUUGUCACUCUAAACCAGCAACAACCCGUUGCAAAUAAUAAAUAAACAAAACACUGUUUGAAAAAUGAAUAACACUUCAGAUUGUGUGCAGCCGAAACCCUGCAAGAUGUCAACAAUAAACAAAUCACGGCAUGUGCCUCGAUAAGAACGUUAUUCCCAAUUAUUUAUGAGUUUAUUUAUGGAUAACAGCAGCCAUGACUGCUGCUGAACAUUUUAUCAGUUUAAUUACAGUAGCGAGUGCUAAAAAAUUGGCAACAGCUCUUGUCGCUUGUUUUGUUUUGUAUCAUGGACUAAUUCAUUUAAUUUACGGCAGUGACUCCUGCAAAUGGCUGCUGGAGGAAGGAAGGUACAAGGGAGACAAGGAAUGGCAGCCCUACGGAUGCAUGAUGCAUCAUUACACACAAACAGACAGCAGGAGAUGCCUGAGGUAUUUAGCCUUCAUGGGGCACAAGAAUCAUUUUGUUUUCACUGGAGACGAGAGAAUUCGUCAGUUGUACAAAUCAUUUGUGUUGCAAUUUGUUGUCAAUGGAAAAGGAUCAGAUCCAGCUGAUGUUCCACCGACAUCUGACCUCAAUUUUCAUGACGCACAAUUGAGAUUGAAUGUACAGUUUCUCUGGAGGCCAAGACUGGAUUCCUCCAUGAUAACAGAUUUUCGUAAUUGGAUGACAGGUGAAGCUCCAGCAAUGAUCGUGGCAGGGUGUGCAGCAGGUGAUAUUCUCUCUCACAAUGCGAGCAGCAGUAGAUUAUACACAGAAUAUAGUAAUGGUCUGGUGAGAUUGGUCCAGCCAGCAGAUGCACUCGUAAAGAGGGGCUCAGAGUUCCUGUGGAUGAUGCAAGAUCCUGUCCUCAAGGAGAAUCUUCCAGCACACCUGACAGGUCUCGAUAAUAAACAGAUAAAUCUCUGCAACAGAGCAGCUUACGAAGUUCUCCUGCACAGUGGAGCCCACCUCUGGGAGAGCAGUCGAUUAAUUGGUCAGGGUGUCCUUGAGCAGAGUCCAGAUGGAUACCUAGCAAGUCCAUCAUCCCUCAGACACAAAAUCCAGAUUUUACUCAAUACUCACUGCAACGAUCACAUGAACUUUGGAGAUGGUACUUGCUGCAGUAGUCCAGAACCAGCAACGACUCUUCAAUUGGUUACCCUAGCAGCUAUGGCAGUCUGUGUGGUGACAGGUGGUGGCUACUGGCUCUUACGUAAAAUAUUCCACAAGACUGAAGUUUUAUACUCACGAGUUGUAACUCAAGAAGUGGAAGCAGCUGAUGAGACCCACGAGCCCGAGGAUCCCAGAGAAGAAAUACCCCAGGCCAAUGAUUUUUACAGUCUAAUCACAUCGCUCGCUAUUUUUUCCUGUAUCCUUGGAUAUUUUUAUCUAUGCGAUAGGACGAAUUUCUUUAUGAAAGAGAACAAAUACUACAGUGAAUUCAGCUUUUGGCUGCCACUGGGCUACAUCCUAGCACUCGGAUUAUUCUUCACUGAAGAUUGUGAGAGGGGCCCUAGGGCCCUCAAUCGUGAGCAAACCGAUGAAUGGCGGGGCUUGAUGCAGGCUGUCGUUCUCAUCUAUCACGUGACUGGUGCCAGCAAUGUUCUGCCGAUUUACAUGCACUUGAGGCUGAUAAAUUCAGCCUAUUUAUUUUUAUCUGGAUACGGACACUUCUGCUACUUCUGGCAGACUGGGGAUGUAUCCCUUGUUCGUUUGACGCGGGUGCUCUUCAGGUUGAAUGCCCUCGCCGUUUUCCUCUGCUUCUCCAUGAAUCGACCGUACCAGUUCUACCAUUUCGUUCCCCUCGUCUCGUUCUGGUUCUGGGUAGUAUAUUUCCUCGCCUGGCUACCACCAAGAGUUUAUUCCGGAAGUCUAACUGAACAUGGACCCAGAGCACUGCUCUAUCUGGCACUGAAGCUCAUUGGAUUGGUAUCGGUUAUCACUGUACUCUAUACCUCAGAGGUCUUCUUCGAGAAGGUCUUUGUCACUCGUCCUUGGAAGGCACUUUUUGUCACAACUGAUGAUGACAUCAGGGAGUGGUGGUCACGGUGGAGAGUUGAUCGUUACAGUGUGGCUUUUGGUGUGGCCUUUGGUGCUGCUCUUCUUGCACUCCAGAGGAUGGAUCAUAUCCCAGGUAGUGCUCUUGCACCACUCAUUGCUAUUGUCUCUCUGGCUGCUUACACCACCCUGACGAUGCUCUGCGUAUCCAUCGCUGAAUGCGAGGAGAUUCAUUCCUACAUUGUCUUUAUACCGAUCAUUGGGUACAUCAUCUUGAGGAACUCCUCGUUGGCGCUCCGAGGAAAAUACUCAGUACUCCUGGCAGGUCUCGGCAGGAUAAGUCUCGAGACAUUAGUUAGUCAAGGUCACGUGUGGUUGGCAGCUGAUUCUCAUGGAGUUCUCGUGCUCCUCCCGAGGUUUCCAGUUUUAAAUCUACUGGUGUCAUCAUUCAUCUUCAUCUGUGCCAGUCACGAGAUCCACAGGCUGACCAUCAUCCUUGCACCCUACGCUGUCCCAAACGAUUGGAAGCUAGUGAUGCGAAAUUUUUUAUUGUUUCUCGCAGUUUUAGUUCCUAUUGGCAUUCACGAUGGAAUGAUUUAGACUCGACACCUGGGACCACUGAAUAUUAUUAGAUUAUUACAAUUUUUUUAAAUAUCUCAAUUUCAAUAUU